AUGCGCGCCUCAUCAGUCCUCGUGGCUCUCUUCGCUACCCUCGCCGUCGCCGUCCCAAGCAACCUCGACUCCGUCAACCUCCCCUCCCUCCUCGAGACCCGCCAAUGCGCAAAGGCGGGAACGUGUUCCAAGGGCGGCGACAAGGGCGAGAGCUGCUCGGCGCUAAAGUGCUGCAGCAAUUCCAAGUCUGGUCGCGGCGGACAGGUACUGUCUCUCACCCCUCUACCACUCUUUGAGCGUCCUGUUUACCGCCUCUUGUCUGCUGCUGCAACUGAGAACUAA